AUGCAGCUUACAAUAUCUCAACAACGAUACAUCCAGCCAGUCCAGGAUGCGCUCCGGAAAUACGAUGCGAGAUUGCAGAUCAUAAACCAUAAAAUAUGGUCCAACCCCGAGCUCGGCUACGAGGAGCACCAAGCGCAUGACCACAUCUGCGAGCUUUUCGAGGCCCUUCAUUCAGAGGGCUAUAUUGUACGACGCCACGCAUACGGCCUAGACACCGCGUUCGAGGUCGAAUAUAAGCACGGUGAGGGCGGUGCUGCCGGUGGCCGCAUUCUAGCAUUCAAUGCCGAAUACGACGCCCUUCCGGGUGUCGGUCAUGCGUGUGGCCAUAACCUAAUUGCCACGAGCUCUAUAGCCGCUUUCAUCGCUGCUUGUGAAGCAUUGAAGGCUGCUGCUCCUAGUGGGCUGAGCUACAUCGUGCGUCUACUGGGCACCCCGGCGGAGGAAUCCGGUGGUGGGAAGAUCCGUCUACUGGACAACGGCGCAUACAAGGAUGUCAACGCCUGCUUGAUGAUCCAUCCUACAGCGAUGCCGCCGGGUCAGCCCAGUCUCCUGAGUCUCGCGAAGGCUCCCGAAGGCGGAUUCCUGGCGAACGACAAAGUCAGCGUGACCUUCACCGGGAAACCGGCGCACGCUGCUGCGGCGCCUUGGGAGGGUGUCAAUGCUCUCGAUGCCGUUGUCGCGGCGUACGUCAACAUUUCUCUUCUCCGUCAGCAGAUCCUGCCCACUCAGCGGGUCCACGGGGUUAUAGUCAAUGGCGGCGACAGGCCGAAUAUCAUUCCCUGGUCUGCGAGUGUGGAUUACUAUAUCCGCUCGCCAACUUUGGCAACACUGAAGCCGCUGACAGAGCGGGUGGUAAAAUGCUUUGAGGCUGCUGCCAUUGCUACAGGUUGUAAAGUGGAGUUUGAGUGGGGCCCCUCGUACGCGGACGUAAAAUCCAACGAACCCAUCUGCGAGAGCUACGUCUCCGCAAUGCGAGCCAUGGGCCAGCACGUCCUCCUCACAGCGCCCCCAAGUGCAGGCGGCAGUGCAUCGACGGAUAUGGGAAACGUAUCCUACGCCGUCCCCGGUUUCCACGGCGUCUUCUUCAUCCCCGCCAAGGGCGGCAACCAUACACCGCAGUUCACUGAAGGGGCGGGAUCCGCCGAGGGAUAUCAGCGGGCAAUUGAAUGUGCGGCGGGCAUGGCGGUUACGGCGUGCCACUUCUUGGAAGAUGACGACUUUGCACGGCAGGUCGCGGAAGACUUUGCAAGCGGCGAGUCAGCGUGGGUGUGGGCGAGAUGA